CGGCGGGUGUGCGUAACUGAGUAGGGAGCGAAGACCAAUCCUUAAAAUACCCCGUUGGCGGGCGUCGGGUGGGGACCGGUAAAAAAUGUGUAAAUAGGAACUUCGGUUCUGGGAGGGCCUAAGUAUUGCCAGGGUCCCAACAGUAGCGUGUAAAGGGAAACAAGUUUUGGGAACACGCAAAGGGUCAACAGACAGGAGCUAUAUGCCCCGGAGGCCCUCCAAGUACUAUGUAAAAAGAAACUUAAGUUGUAGGGUUCCCCAUAGGAGGCUUGUGAGCAGGUGCCUAAUUAUGGGGGAUGCCCUCUGAAUAAUCUAUAGACUCGUAAGUUCUAGGGGGUGCCCCAUAUACAAACUUGUAAAUAUACGUGUUCAAGUGUCAGAGAGUCCUUUGAAAAAUAGUGUGAAUCCACUCUUACGUUCUGGGGGUGGGGGUGGGCAUAAAUAUGGAGUUAGGAAGUAGGAGUUUGCAGAUAGACACUUAGGUUCUGGGGGAGUCCCCACAAGGAUCAUGUGAAGAGAUGUGCAGGUGCUGAGGAAGCUGCCCAAAGAAGGCCUAGUUAGAUUCCACACGUCUGCGAGGUCACCGUCGGAGUCCUGUAAAUAUAAAUAGACUGGCUUCAAGCGUUUUGGGAGACUCCUCAAAGGAACCUGGAAACACCGGGGUCCCCAGAUUGCAUCCCAACGUGGCUGCUUGAGCUCCAGCCUGCACACCACAUUCCUUCCAGCCAGGAGGAGGGCAAAAGGCACGUGCCAGUGUCUCUGAAGGCAACCAUGUCUGAGUCUGGCCAUAGUCAACCUGGGCUCUAUGGGAUAGAGAGGCGGCGACGGUGGAAGGAGCCUGGCCCUGGCGGCCCCCAGAACCUCUCCGGGCCUGGUGGUCGAGAGAGGGACUACAUUGCCCCGUGGGAGAGAGAGAGACGGGAUGGCAGCGAAGAGACAAGCUCGUCGGUCAUGCAGAAAACCCCCAUCAUCCUCUCAAAACCUCCAGCAGAGCGGUCAAAGCAGCCACCACCUCCAGCAGCCCCUGCUGCCCCACCGGCCCCAGCCCCUCUGGAGAAGCCUAUCGUCCUCAUGAAACCACGGGAAGAGGGAAAAGGGCCUGCGGCUGCAGCAAAUGCCUCCACCCCCGAGGGCACUGCCCCUGCACCCCCUGCAGCCCCUGCACCACCCAAGGGAGAAAAGGAGGGGCAGAGGCCCACACAGCCUGUGUACCAGAUCCAGAACCGAGGCAUGGGCACUGCCGCCCCGGCAGCCAUGGACCCGGUCGUGGGCCAGGCCAAACUGCUGCCCCCAGAACGCAUGAAGCACAGCAUCAAGUUGGUAGACGACCAGAUGAAUUGGUGUGACAGCGCCAUUGAGUACCUGUUGGAUCAGACUGACGUGUUGGUGGUUGGUGUCCUGGGCCUCCAGGGGACAGGCAAGUCCAUGGUCAUGUCAUUGUUGUCAGCCAACACUCCUGAGGAGGACCAGAGGGCAUAUGUUUUCCGGGCCCAGAGUGCCGAAAUGAAGGAACGAGGGGGCAACCAGACCAGCGGCAUUGACUUCUUUAUUACCCAAGAGCGGAUUGUUUUCCUGGACACACAGCCCAUCCUGAGCCCCUCCAUCUUGGACCACCUUAUCAACAAUGACCGCAAGCUGCCUCCGGAGUACAACCUGCCCCACACCUAUGUUGAGAUGCAGUCACUCCAGAUUGCUGCUUUCCUCUUCACGGUCUGCCAUGUGGUGAUUGUUGUCCAGGACUGGUUCACAGACCUCAGUUUGUACAGGUUCCUCCAGACAGCAGAGAUGGUGAAGCCUUCCACCCCGUCCCCCAGCCAUGAGUCCAGCAGCUCCUCAGGCUCCGAUGAAGGCACUGAGUACUACCCCCACCUGGUCUUCCUGCAGAACAAAGCUCGCCGAGAAGACUUCUGUCCUCGAAAGCUCCAACAGAUGCACCUGAUGAUUGAUCAGCUCAUGGCUCAUUCCCACUUGCGUUACAAGGGUACUUUGUCCAUGUUACAGUGCAAUGUCUUCCCUGGGCUCCCACCUGACUUCCUGGACUCUGAGGUCAACUUGUUCCUGGUGCCCUUCAUGGACAGUGAAGCAGAGAGUGAAAACCCACCAAGAGCAGGCUGUCCCCCUUAUCCUCCCCACCUCAACGUUCCAGGACCCGGUUCCAGCCCCCUCUUCUCCCUGCUCCCUGGGUACCGGGGCCACCCCAGUUUCCAGUCCUUGGUGAGCAAGCUCCGGAGCCAAGUGAUGUCCAUGGCCCGGCCGCAGCUGUCACACACAAUCCUCACUGAGAAAAACUGGUUCCACUACGCUGCCCGGAUCUGGGAUGGCGUGAAAAAGUCCUCUGCGCUGGCAGAGUACAGCCGCCUGCUGGCCUGAGGCCAAGGGAAGCAGCGUCAUGCAGAGAACCCCCUUCUGGGUCCCCAUGAUGGUGAGGGAGCACACGUGUCCUACCCCCCUGGUGGGGUGGAGAGUGGCAGCAGGCCUGAUGGAUGAGGGACCGUGACAUUCUCGCCCAGAGACAUGAGGUGUCCAGGGCCAGGCCCCCCACCCUCAAUGGAGUAUUGUUCAGGGGGCAACUUCAAGAUCCCACCCCCAACCUGGGACAGGGCAGCCCAUCCUCAGUUCCCCGCAGGGACAGGCAGUGGGAGUAGUCUGAAUGGUCACCAAGAAUCCCAGGUUCCAUCUUGACCUCCCUCUGCAGGGACAGGAGCAACAGGUCCCUCCUCCCUGACUCUGAGCCCUUUCCUGUAAGGUGCAGCAGGGUCUGGGGAGCUCUUCGUUGGGGCAGAUCUGGUGGUUCGAAUAAAAACAGUCAUACAAGCCUG